UCAAAUUUUUACACUUCUAUAUCUACAAUUUUCUUACUAGCAAAAUGUCAUCACUCCCUCUUAAUGAUAUUAGUGAUCUUGAAGAUUCAAUUGAAGAAGAAAUGAUGGCAAAUAUGUUUCGGUUGACUAAAAUGUUACUUCAAAAACGUCAAAGUUCUUCCCAAUUGAGAAAGAAAAGACGACAUUUCAAUGAAGGUAUAGGUUUUGAUGAGUUUUUUGCAGGUGUGACUAGGGAAGAGAAGCUGGAAGGAAAUGGAUACUACACCGACAAUGAUGAUGAUGUCACUGCUAUCCAAGCAUCGAUACAAAAACAAAUAAAAAUGUUGGAAAGAUGUUCACAAACAAAUGCAAGAGAUAUCCAAUUGAAAGAAUAUGAUAUAUUGAUGAAGGACACAUCGGAGAUGACGGAGGAUCAACUUGCUAUACAUUUAGAGUAUUGUAAUGAUAUUAGACAACGUUGGCAAACUCAACCUCCACCAUAGUUUUUUUAUUUAUAUUGUUUUAAAUGUAGU